UAUUGCAUAUGUGGACUUUUGUUUCUGUGCGUGGAGCUUUUUGUCAGAAACUUUUAUAGUAAUACUGUUGCUGUUACAUUACAACGCUAUCGUGCUUUGAAAUGGCGCUGUCUCCAUCAUGACAAGUAUUUGGUGUUGAUUGGCAAAAAGUAAACCUACUGGUGAAUCUUCGGGUUCCCGCUACUUCACUGACAUCAUCAUUUCUUCGUGGAGAGUUCAUUUUCCCUCAUGACGCGUUAUAUAUUUUAUGAUGGUCAUAUUUUAAGUGGGCGACAACGCAUGAUAUUCAUGAUGCUUAGUGCUGUCAGUUUCCGUUUUACCCGGCAAUUUUAUUUCUUGACGAUUUUCUUUGGACGUUGGAUUAUCGAAAAACACGAUCCUUUUUCUAAUAGAAAAUAAUAAUACAUGUUUUUUAUUGUUUUUUUCAAUUAUUACCGACACAUUUUUUUUCUUCCAUUAGCACUUGUGCUCUGUGUAUUCUUUUACAGUGAGAUGAGCUAUAUGUAUAUGGAACUUUACUCUUAAUUUUCUUCAAACAAAAUAAAGUAUACCUACAGAAAGAGGCGACAUUGACGUCAUAAAUAUUAUCGCUCCAUUUGGUCGCAAGAAUGUUUUCGCAACCUCGUGUGACCAAUAGUGCAUCUACAAUUCCCCAAGAGUUUUCGUCGACAGCCGGACAAAGGGUUGAGGGUAACAUGAGAGGCUUUAAAUACGUUAUUCCAAAAGACAUUAUUGCUACAAGGUCGAAGAUUUCGAAAUCUGGAAAGCGGUCAUCGAGAAGAAGAGACAUUUAAAAAUGUCCGUGUUAGUAAAAAACACCAUUUUUCAGCUUUUAGGCAUUAUCUGCCAUCAUUGGCUUGAUAUUUCUCUUUGUUACUUCUGAUUUCAUCAGUUCAUAGCAAAAUAGUGAGUUAAUAGAUACCUGUUGCCCAUUAAAAAAUAAUGUGCUCAUAUAGUUUUGUUCUGCAAGAAAUGCAAAAGCCCAACAUUUUUCUCUACAAACUUGUUUCUUUUUCAGUAUCCUCUUUCUUGAUUUGGAAAUGACAAAUAGAGUUACCCUUAUUUGUAAGAUCCUUACUUUCAGGCUGGUAUGCCAAGACGACCUCUCGGCUCACCAAAUAGGUAUAUGUUUUUUCUAAGUGGGUGCCUUUUUUUUUUGGUGUUAGUUUUGCAUAAAUAAGGAUACCCGUGUAAAUUAUAUUGCCUAAAAACAGGCAAAGUGUUAAUAAUGAUGCCAAUCAUAAAGUGAAAAGACAGCGAACGAUACGUUUGAUAAUAUCAUAAAAAGAACAUUUGUUUCUAUAAAGCAGUGCGCCUUGACAAAGAGGUUUCACUCAACGAUACGGAAAGUAUAACUGAUGACAUCAGUUAUCGAUCAAUAGACACCUCUGUUGUAUUCAAGAGCUUAAUUGAUUUCUAUUUUUUGAGUGUGAGGAAAUCGCUCCUCCCAAUGGGGGAUAACUGUGGACAGUUCUAGUGACGUAGUCAAUUCACUUAAUGUUUGUAUCGAGCAAGCGGCGGUGCAGUGUCUAGAUCACAAAAUAAGGAAAAAAAUACAACAAGACACAUACACUAUUCAUCACUUUGAAACCUUGGGAUAAGUACUUGUACACACAUCGCUGUAAUUAACUUUUACCACUUCCACAAUUCCUUCUGCGUGUCACUUGAUACUUCUAUGAAGCGCAGAUGUCCGGCUCAUUUUUUUUGAAUGCCGUUAUCAAUGUUUCUUGCCCUACUGAGUAAUGCAGUUGGAAGGUUUCUAAGCGCGUAAACCUCAAGUGACCAAUCCCAAACAUCGCAAGUAUGUUUUUUAAGAUCGCACUUAGUGGCGCAAACACUAACGCGGGUCAUGGGGAUCUUAAGAAAUAUUUGUGGAACAUGCUGCCAUAUGAGGCUUUGUGUAAGCGCAUUGUAAGGGACGUUCCCGAUGCCAGUCGAAUAUCAAGAUAGUCGUUACAUUCGUGGGAUAAGAAUACUUUUCAAUAGCAAGUCUCUCCCCUAGAGGGCAUCCCAAAGGGCUGGGAGCCCUAAAAUCCUUCUAUCCCAUAACAGGGGGUCGAAUUUUGAUUUCAUUAUGGACCACGCUGUCUCUAAAAUUAAUGACCUGACAUACAAUAAAUUUUAUUUCCAGAUGGUACUCCUUAUUCGCCGAGAUAAAUUGUGCGAGUUCCUGUGUUGAUUAAUCUUUUUCAGGCCCUUUGUAAGUUUGCCGUAUUCCAAUAGAAUAUUUGAGCGGCUGGUUUGAAUGCUUCAACUCAGUUCAAUUGUGGUCAUACGUAUUUCCCAAAAGGAUCGCAUCAUCGAGCAAAUAAAGUUUUGGAUACAACUUUAUUUGAUUUAUAGAGCGCUAGAGUCUUUUUUUAGACUACAAAGUAUCAUUACACUAUGCUUCACGCAACAGCAUACACUUUUUUUGAGGGCACCAGCCUUAGCUUAUCCACUAAAACCGUGAGCCCAUGCUUUACUCCCAGAAUAUCAGCUUCCGAAAAAAGCUAAUUUUUCAUUUGCUGUAGUAAGCUAGAUAAAAACUUUAAAUCACUUCAUGGGAAUGACAUACUUCGUGUCUCCAUAAAUGGCUCUCAAUUCAUGAAAUCUAUAUUCAUCAAGUGCCUUGUAACGGACAAUUGGAUGCCCAAGUGGAUCAGGUAGAUGCAAAACUACUUGGCAUACACUUUGUAAUAUAUGGUAACUCAAGAGGUUUGGGCUGCGAUUUGUUGUAAAUGGGAAGCCUUCUACUCAAGCGCCUGCUUUUUCUUAAGGUUUAGCCUUUGUAUUUUUUCAGUCCAAUUCAGCGGCCGACCGUACUUGAAUUAAUAAAAAAAGAAAUUGGAAUGAACCUUAUUAUGUAAGAGACCGUCUUUAUUAUUCUUACAUAUUACUAGUCGAUAAGAUGAAACAUUUUGUCCCUUAUAUGGAAUGUUAGUUAAGUAUUGUAUCGCAUUAGGAAAUCAGAUUCUUCUUUACCCAUUUGAUCUAUAACCUUCAACUUGAAAGUAAAUUAUUUCCCUUUUGGAAGUGGCGUGUGACGCUUUUUUUCAGAAUAGACCUGUGUUUGUUUUUCUUGCUUCAAUUAAAUGAUAAACAGUGCUGACAUGGACAGCAUGUGGCUCCAGAAAAGCAUUACUUUACCGGAUCCUUUGCCAAAUGAUAACGGCAUUUCGCCUGGAAAGGAGGAACAAGCACCACAGAUGGCUUCGCUUGUAGAGAGUGGCACGACUUUGGCUGAGCAGAAAAUGAGCGCACCGACGCAACAUUUCACUGGAAAGAACACACAAACAGAAGCAGAGUUAACAAAGAUGACACUAAACACUAUUUCACUUAUGGACAGUACUCAGAGAUCAUCCACAGCCCGGCAUUCCGUGCGCGUGUCUCUCUCCAACAUCGCAUGCAUCACAGCCCAGGAGUACGACAAACUGCGUUCACUGUACAGUCAGGCGAAGCGGGAGCUUCUCAAGUUGGCUGAUGUUCAGAGAGACUUGGAGUACGCUCGUUUUGAGUUGAAUCGGACACAGGAGGAACUAAAACUAGCGCGUACAAGCAAUGAAAUUCAUAGAAAGGAGCUUGAAGAUGCUUUGGAUCGUGCAGAAAAGGAACAUCGCGCGAGGCUUAUGGCAGAAUCCAAGGCUAACGACGAGCGAACCGUAUUUGAGAAAGAAGUUGACUUUCUUAAGAGGCGCAUCGAGGAUCUACGGCAGGACAAUUGUAAGAGAUUGGAUGAGUUGAGCCAACAGCAUGAAUUCGAAGGUCAGAACUGUCUUCAGACGAUGAGUAGUGAAUUGGAAGGAGCGGUCGCCGAGAUCGAGAAUAUGUCCCAAGAGAUUUCAGCACUGCAGCAGGAUAAAGAAAAUUUAGAAAAGCAAUAUGGAGAUACAUUGAGCAAAUUACAGAAGGCCUACCAAGAUAUUGAUGAUUGGCGAAAGAAGUCUGAGGCCGCCACCACUCGUUUUUCUGAGCUUGAGAAGCAACAUCAAGAGCAUAUUAAACGUAUUAAAGCGGAGCAUGAGGAGGCGAUGCAAGCCCAACAUAUCCUCACUAACGAGCGUAUGGAGGAGAUAACGACAGCCAAAAAUGGCUACAUUAAAGAGCUUGAAGAUGAUUUGCAACGGUCGAAGGAAAAACUGCGUGUACUCACCGAUGAUGUCGCCGCUUUGCGCCACACCAACUCAAAGCUAUCAGAGGAGAUGGAGCAGAUUUCCAUGGACCAUGCUAAGGAACUGCACCGUAUUGCAGAGGAGCAUCGUCUGGCCUUAAGUGAUAAGGAGCAUCAGAUGGAGUCUGCUGUGCGUGCAGCUAAAGGAAGCCGUAUUGCCGCAGCGGAGGAGAAUCUAUCCCUACAACGGCAGCUUUCCAAAGUCUCAGAGGAGCUUUCAACUAUUUCAGUGGUCCUAACCCAGCGCGAAAAGCAGCUUUUGGAAACCGAAAAACUGCUUAGCACAACGAAAGCGAGAGAGCUAGAGCUUGAGCACGAAAUCAAUCGUUUAACCAGAGAUGGAGAGGUACACUGUACUGCUGCUGUGGAGGCAAAUGAACGCAUUCUAAGGCUCAACGAGCAAAAGGACAUCAUGGAGGAGGGGUACUCAACUGAUCUGCGUGCAGCCAAGGAACGAAUCUACUCACUUGAGGAGUCGCUGAUGUCAUGUCGUGAGGAGCUGUCUGUGCUUCGCAAAGAGCAUAUGAAGUCCACUGAUGACGAUCGGGCCGUUGUGCGACAGCUACGCCUAGAGUUGACAGCCGCAACGGCUGACCGAGAUCGCUUUUACCAGGAGAUACAAGCCAAGCAGCAUGAAGAAGGGGAGCUGCGACAAAAAUAUUUGAGCGAAUGCCAAAGGUCGGAUAACCUCAACGUGGAGUUAGCUGCAGCUAUUCAUCGCUGCUCAUUAUUGGAGAAACGUUUGGAGGUAGAACUCCGACGGCGGGUCUCUGGGAUAAGGUCCACCACACCCAUCAAUAAAUCUCAGAGUAGUCACUGUCAAUCCAAGCUUCGUAGCGCAUCCUCAGUAAACAUCCCAUCACCAGAUUCCCGCUCGAUGAAGCGUUCUCGUACCGAGGAUGCGCGAGUAUUUGCUAUCAGUGGAUUUGAUGGGAAUGAUCUUUUUCUUUCCAUUAAGCAGCUACCUAAUGUCGCAAUUGCAGAGUGCAAAUCCAACAUGCCAGUUCCUUCAAAUCUCACGCAUCUGAUCACGAAUGGGCAACUCACUAUUAAGUUACUCACCGCACUCGUUCGAGGGUGCUGGGUUCUACCGGUGUCGUAUGUUGUAGAGUCUCUCAACCAACGAAUGUGGCUUAAUGAGAACGAUUUUGGGUUUCAACAUGAAUUUCCUCCAUUGCUUAAAAAACAGGUCUUUUGCACGAAUUUAUUUGUUGCGUGCAAACACUACAGUACCGCGGCGCUACUGCUGUCAGAAGGCGGCGCAAUCACCGUGGACAGCGCCGAGAACGCUGACAUUGUGCUUUGCACGAAUGAUGAGCUUUCACGAUUUGAACGUGGCAUGAACUGGGAAAAAAUGGUUGAGGUGAUAUAUCCUGUCCGCAUCGAGUAA